GACAUUUAAAGAUUGUUUGCGUAGCAAAAUAGUUUGCAAACAAGCUUGACAAUAUCUACACCAUCUGUUUACGCUGAAAAUGCAGCGAAUGUACAGAGAACAAAUACAUGUAUACACAAAUAGAAAGUUAGUAGUUAUGAAGCAACCGAAGAAUGGAUUUGCGCGUUUAUUUACAAGAACUGCGUGACUGCACCGGUUACAUCGGUAAAACAAUCGAUCCGAGGGAGUCAUAUCGAAGUAGAAAGAGAGGAAUACGUAGGACAGUUGUUAGCAUAAAUUUCACAGGAGAGCGUGUACAAGCACUACUAGGCGGGACAAUGAAGCUGUGGGCGAUAGUGACGAUCGGAGUUUUCAUACACAUAAUUUUUUUCUUCUCCGUGUUCGAUGUGUUCUUUGCCACGCCGCUUGUCACUGGCAUGGAACCCCAGAGGUCGCCACUUCCGCCGCCGGCGAAAAGACUCGUCUUCAUAGUCGCUGAUGGAUUGCGGGCGGACAAAAUCCUCCAGUUGCAGCCCGACGGAAAAUCAGCCGCCCCGUUUCUUAGGAAAAUCAUUGAAACCCAGGGAUUAUGGGGUAUAUCACACGCCGCGGUUCCCACGGCAACCAGACCGGGUCACGUGGCACUGACGGCCGGAUUUUACGAAGACCCAACUUCUGUCGCAAAAGAUCUGCAGGGCAAAGAAGUGUUGUUUGACACAGUAUUCAAUGAAAGCCAGUACACAUGGUCUUGGGACACCCCAAAGUUUCUCUCCAAGGUCACAGGAGGCAACCAAGAGCGGAUGUUUUCUGAAAAGUAUCCAGGUCAUAUGAAGUACCUUGCUGGGAUAAACGCCAAAGACAUGGACUCAUGGGUGUUUGAUGAAGCUCAGGCUUUGUUCGAGAAGUCUAAGACAGACCAGAUUCUCAGUACAAAAAUGGCUCAAGAGCAGAUCCUGUACUUUCUUCAUCUGGGGGGUCUAGAUCACAGCGGCUACAUAGUGCGGCCCAGCUCUCCUUUGUACCUUGAGCACAUUCGCUAUGUGGAUGAUGGCGUUGAGAGACUGGUAGCCACCAUCGAGGAUCACUACGACCAUGACCAGAAAACUGCCUACGUAUUCACGUCUGAUCAUGGAAUGACAGACUGGGGUGCCCAUGGUGAUGGAACACAUGAUGAGACAUUGACGCCAUUAAUUGCUUGGGGACCAGGGCUUCGGAAACCAGAGAAGGAGACUCAGAAGUAUGAUGACGGACUUUCUGAUGCCUGGGGACUGUCCCAUCUGAAGCGUUCUGACAUGAGCCAGGCCAGCAUGGCUGCCUUCCUGUCGGCCCUUGUUGGGAUUCCGUUCCCGAUGAACGCUGUGUUGCCAGUGCCUGACAACAUGUUCAACCUGACUGACCAUGAGAUGGCCGAGAUGAUGUUUGCCAAUCUGAAACAGCUGCUUAAUCAAGUUCGGGCGAUGAAUGCUGAACGACAAAAGAGGUCUAUCAAGUUUGCUUUCAGCCCCUUCCUUCCCCUGUCACCCAACAAUAUGGUGUCCAUUGUCAGCCACAUCACACAACUAAUUGCUGACAAACAGUACAAAACAGCGACUGAGGAGAUCAAAUCAGCCAUAUCUCUGUCUUUGAAAGGAAUCCGAUAUUAUACAACCUAUGACAGAAACAGUCUUUGGUUUGCAGUGGUUAGUGGCUACCUUGGCUGGAUGGUGUACAUCGUCUCCCUGAUCUACGAGGACCAGGACAAUCUGAACGUUCCCAACCAAGGGACACAACUCUCGCGGAGAUACAAGGGCAUGAUUGUCCUCUUCUUCUUCCUCUUGAGCAUCAGCACUUUUGUUGUUUUGUAUGUUCAGCAUGUUGUGUGGACAAACUUCAUCUACAUACUUCUGCCGUGUCCCAUCUGGCUGGCUGUCUGCCUGAGGUUUGACAUCUACAAGCAGAUUGUUGGCUGGAUAUCUUCCAUUGGACCCCAUGUCCCCUACCUGAUGAUGACCUUUAUAGGGCUUCAGGGAUGUGUCUUAGGAUUCUACUACAAGCAGGUUAUGACAGUCCCGAUGUUUGUAUUUGCUGUCUGGCCAUGGAUUGCAAAACGUGAUCAGCUAGAACAGAAGCAACUUUUUCAAUGGAGCGCAUCAUGCGUUAUAGUUGGGUUAUUUCCCUUGAUACCUGUUGGCACCAGAGAACUACAGUUUGACCUUGUAGUGUUUGGGGGAGUUGUAGCAGUAUUAACAGCUUGUCUAGUCAUCCGCAGUUUUGCAAAGAGGCAGUUAGCCAGAAGAAAGUUAUUUUUAAUAUAUGGCUUCCAGAUAGUCAUGAUGAUAGUAGCCAUAGUGAUCAUGCGUCACACGGCCUCGCUUGCUGCCCAUGAUAAGAGGACACCUCUCGUUAGUCAGAUCAUCAGUUGGAUCAUUCUAGUCAUUGGAAUUUUGGAGCCGUUUAUAGUGACCACAGAUAUCAAGUGUCGUCUGUUUGCUAUCGCUCUUGGCUGGAUGGCACCUUACAUACUUCUAUGCAUCUCAUACGAGGCCUUAUUCAUGGUGUUCAUGUGCUGGAACCUGUACAUGUGGAUUGUGCUGGAGACCAGCCUGCGCGUGGACUACAAGGAGGUGGUAUCAGUUGCCAUGGAGAAUGGCAGUCUCUGCGACGGAAAGGCGACUCCUGAUCAAGCCAACAGUGCCACAAAAUUCUUUGAAAGCCUUGAUUUUGCCACCAUAUCAACUCAGAACACCAACGGCAAGAGUCGUCAGUCGUUAGUACGAGCAGAUCUACGGAGAGCCUUCUAUGCUAUCAAUCUUGUAAUAGUGAGUCUGUUUGGAACUGGGAACAUAACCAGUGUUAACAGCUUUGAUCCAGCUGCAGUGUUCUGUUUCCUUACCAUCUCUAACCCUCCAUCCAUGGGACUCAUUGUAGUGCUAAAGAUUGCAACUCCAUUCAUCCUGAUAGCAUGUGCCAUGCGGACAAUCAACCUUGUGACCAAUGCCCCACAAAAAUCCUUCAACCUCCUGUACAUUGGCAUGUGCGAUAUCAUCGCUUUGCAAUUCUUCUUGUUGGUGAGCGAUGAAGGCAGCUGGAUGCAGGUUGGCGCGACAAUCAGCCACUACGUGAUCUUUCAGGUGAUCCAUCUCGUCCUGAUGCUUCUCAUUGGAGGCUCAUACAUCCUCACAACCUGUAACAUCUGCUGCUUCAAGCCCCGGUGAUGAGCAACACACUAGGCUCCCGCUAUUUUGGAUUGACACAGUUGAUUAAUCAUCAGUCAUGUGUAACUGCACUUGUGAUCUAUUUGAAAUGGUAAAUAAUGGUAUUUAUUGCCACCACUUACACUGUGAGAUGUCUGUUGUGGAGUGUUGCUUACAGAAUGGAGAUGUUUUUCCAAGGCAUCUUAGAAACAUUGAAACUGUAACUCUCUGAUAUGCUUUUAAACACUCUUGUAGUGAAAGCUGAUGAUCAUUAGGCUCAGCCUGCUUAGUUAUAUGUAGAUUUUACCUCCUGCGUUGCAAUUAUGUGAUGAGGGGCUUGUAUGUAACUGCAAACUGGCAUUGAUGGUUAAUUUUUCAUCAACGGGUGGAAUUAUGUUCAAUCAUAUUCAAAUACUGGUAUUACAUAAUAGAUGACUCUUGUAUGUAAUUGUUUGCUAUAACUUUUUUUUGCAGUAACCAGUUUCUAGUGUGUUUUUUUCAGAGGCUCUUAGAGCUUAGAUGAUCAAAUCACUAUAGAGUCAUUCUUAGCCUCACAUUUUUGUAAGUGUUUUAAACCCAUCAAUGAAAAUGUGAGCUUCUGCACUACAUUUUAACAAGUUUACAUAUUUUGAUUAACCAAGGCAUUAACUAACCAAAGAGCUUGCAAUUAUGUUAUUGAUAAGAUUGACCCUUUCAGUGCUGGAACCGAAUUUUAAAGGCCUUUGCAAACAGUUUGAUCCAGAUGAGACGCCACAGAACGUGGCGUCUCAUCAGGAUCCAAACUGUUUGCUAUUCUGAUAGUAUUCUUUGAAAAAAAAUGAAGAAAAUGCUAAUUUUAGAAAUUCAGCAGACGACAUUUUAGCAGACCACACAUUUCCCAGCAUGCAAAGGGUUAAUUGUGUUUGUAUACCAAUGCAAACAUGAGGCUUCAUUCAAAUAAAUGUUCCAUGAAAUACAAAAUUCUAGUGUAUUGAUAAUUCUCAAACAUUUAGUUUAUUUUCUUACCAAUGUACAGUUUUUCCUCCUUGUGAGGUUUUUGAUAUGUUAAAUGCAAAGUGGUUGUAAACAGUAUUAACUCUUUCUAAUUUAUGUAUUGUAUGAAACUGCAUCAACAGCUCAUUUAUGUCACAGAUGUGAAGAUAUUGAGCUAUUUUUACCGGUACAUUAAGUAGCGAACUUACCAUUUUAUUGAAUGUGGAAUCACUUCGAGUUAUUGGUAUUUAUUCUUCCAGUGGCUUUGAAAUAUAAUGUGACCCAUGAAUCUAACAUGCAUUUUCAUGUGAAUUUUAAUUAUCAGCACUUAGAGUUCCAAAUGUUUGCCAGUGGCUGUUAUAAUAUAAAGGUUGCUUGUUUUGAUGUUAACAAAUGUGUUUAACUCACAUGUAAUUGUUCAGCAUUUUUACCAAAUAUCACUUUAUGCCAAAAUAAAUGUCUAAUAAAAUUACAAGUGAUUGGGUAUUUUAAGUAGAUUUCAUUAGACUUUAAUCAUGUACAUGAUGUCAAUCAAUACUUACCAUAAUCAUAAAACUGUUAUAAAGACUAUACAAUUGUAUUUUACACUGUGUAUUAUACACUGAAACAUUCCAAUACUUGCUAUUAUCACUUAAUCAGAAAGUGUGUGAUGGCUGCAACAUUUUGCCUUAUAUAUCAUCAUCCACUGCUUUAACCCAUUUAUGCCUAGCGUCUAGAAAAAAGGCCUUGGCAAACAGCGUAGACCCAGAUGAGACGCCGCAUGAUGCAGCGUCUCAUCAGGGUCUGCGCUGUUUGCUUAAAUGAAUUUCUGUAAGAAAUAUUCUAAAUAUAGAAAUAAAUAUACAAGACAUCCCUAAUUUUGGAAAUAAAUUGAUCCAAUUUAGAAGGUUGGGAGAGUCCAAUAGGCAUAAAUGGGUUAAAAAUGUAUUUUUUCUCUCAGAUGAUCGAUCGGAAACUGUACAUUUUAAUUGUACCACAAUUCUCCAGUAGCUAAUGAUUUGUUUUCCCAUCGCCAAAUCUCUAUUUGUUUUAUAAAAAUGAUGGUUUGCUUUCGAUAAAAGGCAAUUUCAUAAGACAGAUUAAGAGUGGAAACUUCCCAAAACAAAGUUCCUGAAUUUUUAUUUUUUUAAGAGCCUUGCAUUUUUUAAUAUCAAAAGACAUUAUUUCAUAUUUUAUUGAAAUUAUUCAAAUCAUAUGAUUCUGUUCUUAUAUGGGUAUCAGCCUCUUUGGUGUUUAAGUUAUAUAUUUUACACUUGUUAAAACGUGUAAAAGAUGUUUGUUAAAAGUUUUUUAACAAUAAUUGGGUUUAUUAAAAAUGGCAUAUUUCUUGUUUGGCUUGUUUGGCUGUUAAUUGUUUUUGUUACGGAUAUUAUUAAGUUAUGACCUUGUUAUAAAUCAAUAUUAAUAUACUAAAUGCAUAUCAAAAUGACAUAGAUAUGUACAUGCACUUUAUUUGUCUGCUGUAUCAGUCAUUCUCUGAAUGUUUAGUUCAUUUUUAUGUCCCCCACCACUUUAGUGGGGGACAUAUUGUUUUUGCCCUGUCUGUUGGUUGGUUUGUUGGUUGGUUUGUUGGUUUGUGUGUUUGUUUGUGCAAACUUUAACAUUUGCAAUAACUUUUGCAAUAUUGAAGAUAGCAACUUCAUAUUUGGCAUGCAUGUGUAUCUCAUAGAGCUGCAUAUUUUAAGUGGUGAAAGGUCAAGGUCAUCCUUCAAGGUCAAAGGUCAAAUAUAUGGGUCAAAAUCGCUAAUUUAAUGUACACUUUUGCAGUAUUGAAUAUAGCAGCUUGAUAUUUGGCAUGCAUGUGUAUCUCAUGGAGCUGCACAUUGUGAGUGGUGAAAGGUCAAGGUCAUCUUUCAAGGUCAAAUAUAUGUGGACAAAGCGUUUCACAAACACAUCGCUUGUUAAUCAUGAGUGUAAGAACGAAUAUUACAUAUUUGUUUGUGCACCGUCUGUGAUCUUUGUGUAUGAGUGUGUGAGUGCCUGUAGAUGUAAAUUUCAUUAGUUUAUAGUUGUGUUUAAAAUGCAUUUAUACAUGGCCUUCAGAAUUUCCACAUUGAAGGAUACCUUAUUUUGAUUUCAUGAAGGAUACCUUAUUUUGAUUUCAAUGUAGUUAGUUGUUUUUGGAUUAUUGCCUCACAAGCACAGUUACGCACAUUGGUGUAGAAAUGCUUAGGACAAAUUAUAAACAUAUCAAUUUAAACGCAGUUAUUGUAGUGAUUUCUCAUAGUCAUCAUAGUUCAUUAAUAGUACUUCACAAGUGUUAUUCGUAUAUUCUACAUUUUUCUUACUAAACAAUUGACAUAAUUUUAUACCAUUUAUUGGUGUAUAACGAUAUUAUUUCUAUUACAAUAUUUAAAUACUUAUUUGAUCACACUUAGCAGACAUUAACCAUUUGCAUGCUGGGAAAUUUGUCGUCUGCAAAAAUGUCGUCUGCUGAAUUUCUAAAAUUAGCAUUUUCUUCGAUUUUUUUCAAAGAAUACUAUCAGAAUAGCAAACAGUUUGGAUCCUGAUGAGACGCCACGUUCUGUGGCGUCUCAUCUGGAUCCAAACUGUUUGCAAAGGCCUUCACAACUCGGUUCCCGCACUGUAAGGGUUAAUUACUGAAGUUUACAAGAUAUAGAAUUAUUUUGCAGACAUGUGCAUUUUUUUAACAACCAUACAUUAAUCAAAACUUUCCAUCAAUAUUAAGUAAUUUCAGAAUGUGAUAUAAAUUGAAACCAAUCUGAUCUGCACUCCAUGACGAAUGAUAAAGAAGUCAUGUUCUGAGAAAACUAGGCAUACUGCAUAUGCGUAAAGUGUCGUCCCAGAUUAGCCUGUGCAGUCUGCACAGGCUAAUCAGGGACGACACUUUCUGCCAAUAUUGGAUUUUUGCUAAAAAGAGAUUUCACUUUAACCAAAAAUGUCAUUAAAGUGGAAAGUGUCGUCCCUUAUUAGCCUGUGCGGAAUGCACAGAUAACUAAAAUGACUUAUAAGUCGCAUUCUGAGAAAACUGGACAUAAUGCAUGGGCGUAAAGUGUCGUCCCAGAUUUGCCUGUGCAGUCCGCACAGGCUAAUCAGGGACGACACUUUACGCUAUUAUGAUAUUUUUGGUUAAAGUGAAGUCUUAAUGCAUGUGCAUACCCCAUUUUUGGUUAAAGUGAAGUCUUAAUGCAUGUGCAUGGCCCAUUUUUGGUUAAAGUGAAGUCUUAAUGCAUGUGCAUGCCCCAUUUUUGGUUAAAGUGAAGUCUUAAUGCAUGUGCAUGCCCCAUUUGGUUAAGGUGAAGUCUUAAUGCAUGUGCAUACCCCAUUUUUGGUAAAAGUGAAGUCUUAAUGCAUGUGCAUGCCCCAUUUGGUUAAGGUGAAGUCUAAAUGCAUGUGCAUGCCCCAUUUGGUUCAAGUGAAGUCUUAAUCCAUGUGCAUGCCCCAUUUUUGGUUAAAGUGAAGUCUUAAUGCAUGUGCAUACCCUUUUUUUGGUUAAAGUGAAGUCUUAAUGCAUGUGCAUGCCCCAUUUGGUUAAGGUGAAGUCUUAAUGCAUGUGCAUACCCCAUUUUUGGUUAAAGUGAAGUCUUAAUGCAUGUGCAUGCCCCAUUUGGUUGAGGUGAAGUCUUAAUGCAUGUACAUGCCCCAUUUGGUUAAAGUGAAGUCUUAAUGCAUGUGCAUGCCCUAUUUUUGGUUAAAGUGAAGUCUUAAUGCAUGUGCAUACCCCAUUUUUGGUUAAAGUGAAGUCUUAAUGCAUUUGCAUGCCCCAUUUGGUUAAAGUGAAGUCUUGAUGCAUGUGCAUGCCCCAUUUUAGGUUAAAGUGAAGUCUUAAUGCAUGUGCAUGCCCCAUUAUAGUGAAGUCUUAAUGCAUGUGCAUGCCCAUUAAAGUGAAGUCUUAAUGCAUGUGCAUGCCACAUUAAAGUGAAGUCUUAAUGCAUGUGCAUGCCCCAUUCAAGUGAAGUCUUAAUGCAUGUGCAUGCCCCAUUUGGUUAAAGUGAAGUCUUAAUGCAUGUGCAUGCCCCAUUAAAGUGAAGUCUUAAUGCAUGUGCAUACCCCAUGUUCAUGGUUAAAGUGAAGUCUUAAUGCAUGUGCAUACCUCUAAAGUGAAGUGUUAAUGCAUGUGCAUACCCCAUUAAAGUGAAGUCUUAAUGCAUGUGCAUACCCCAUUAAAGUGAAGUCUUAAUGCAUGUGCAUACCCCAUGUUUUUAGUUAAAGUGAAGUCUUAAUACAUGUGCAUACCUCUAAAGAGAAGUGUCUAUGCAUGUGCAUGCCCCAUUUUUUCAGAGUGAGGCUUAAAUGUUAUUUCCUCUACAAAGUUCAAAUUAUGAUUUGUAUACAUGUUCUGUAUCCACAUUUAUUUUUAAAUUCUGUUCAUUUCUUGUUAAAUUGUUUGUAGAUACAGUUAUGUUUUUAAAUUUAAAAUGGAGUUUGAGUGUGCAUAAGAUAAAUAUUAUUUACAAAUAUACAUGCUUCAAUGUAUUUCUGAUACUCAGAAUAAGUGUUGUGUUUGUCUUAGAUGUAAUCUACUUAAAAUUGUCUUACAUGAUUUUACCAUAUGAAAUAAUUAUGUACACUCUUUAGUUUUAGUUUCAUAUGUGAUUUAUUGCAUUUUUUAUUUAUUAAGCACCCCGAAAAAAAAAUUGGGAGGAGCAUAUAGUCGCCGCUUCGUCUGUACGUGCGUGUGUCCGUCCGUGCACAAUUUUUGUCCGGGCUAUUUCUCAGCAAUUAAUGACUGGAAUUCAAUAAACUUUAUGGCAAGCUUCACUACCAAGAGGAGAUGUGCAUAUUAUCAGCCUGUUCUGGUCGAAUGAUUUUUCACAGAGUUAUGGCCCUUUGAAAUUUUCCAUUAACUGUACAUAUAGUGCAAUGCUUGUCCCCCCCCAACUACUAGACGUUUCCUUUUAUCUGAAUAUAUAGUGCAAUAUUGUGACAAAAAAAAACCCUUUGGGGAGCAUCACCCGUCUCUGGUGGUUUCUUGUUAAAUUUAUUUACAGCUUUACUCCUAACUUUUUACGGCAUAAAUCAAUAUGCACAUAUAAUGGUAUUAAAUUGUAUUAUUUACCUGCCACUGCUCUAGAAUAUUGAUUCCAACUAGUGUCACUAUCAUUACAUUGUAUGCUUAUGUGUAUAAAGUGAUGUACUCUUGAGGUGUUUCAAGUGAUGUACGCUGAGGUGUAUAAAGUUUGUACUCUGAGGUGUCUCAAGUGAUGUACUCUGAAGUGUAUCAAGUAAUGUACUCUAAUGUGUUUCAAGUGAUUUACUCUGAUGUUUAUCAAGUGAUGUACUCUGAUGCUUAUCAAGUGAUGUACUCUGAUGUGUAUCAAGUGAUGUACUCUGAUGUGUAUCAAUUGAUUUACUCUGAUGUGUAUCGAGUGUUGUAAUCUGAUGCUUAUCAAGUGAUGUACUCUGAGGUGUCUCAAGUGAUGUACUCUGAGGUGUAUCAAGUGAUGUACUCUGAGGUGUAUCAAGUGAUGUACUCUGAGGUGUAUCAGGUGAGGUACUCUGAAGUGUAUCAAGUGAUGUACUCUGAGGUGUAUCAAGUGAUGUACUCUGAGAAUUUUCAAGUAAUGUACUCUUAGGUGUAUCAAAUGAUGUACUUUGGAGUGUAUCAAUCGAUGUACUCUGAGGUGUCUCAAGUAAUGUACUCUGAGCAAUUUCAAGUGAUGUACUCUGAGGUGUAUCAAGUGAUGUACUCUGAAGUGUAUCAAGUGAUGUACUCUGAUGUGUAUCAAGAGAUUUACUCUGAUGUUUAUCAAGUGAUAUACUCAGAAGUGUAUCAAGUGUUGUACUCUGAUGCUUAUCAAGUGAUGUACUCUGAAGUGUAUCAAGUGAGGUACUCUGAGGUGUAUCAAGUGAUGUACUCUGAGGUGUCUCUAAUGAUGUACUCUUAGCAAUGUCAAGUGAUGUACUCUGAGGUGUAUCAAGUGAUUUACUCUGAGGUGUAUCAAGUGAUUUACUCUGAAGUGUAUCAAGUGAUUUACUCUGAAGUGUAUCAAGUGAUGUACUCUGAGGUGUAUCACGUGAUGAACUCUGAAGUGUAUCAAGUGGUGUGAUGUACUCUGAGGUGUCUCAAGUGGUGUACUCUGAGAAGUUUCAAGUGAUGUACUCUGAGGUGUAUCAAAUGAUGUACUUUGGAGUGUAUCAAUCGAUGUACUCUGAGGUGUCUCAAGUAAUGUACUCUGAGCAAUUUCAAGUGAUGUACUCUGAGGUGUAUCAAGUGAUGUACUCUGAAGUGUAUCAAGUGAUGUACUCUGAUGUGUAUCAAGAGAUUUACUCUGAUGUUUAUCAAGUGAUAUACUCAGAAGUGUAUCAAGUGUUGUACUCUGAUGCUUAUCAAGUGAUGUACUCUGAAGUGUAUCAAGUGAUGUACUCUGUGGUGUAUCAAGUGAUGUACUCUGAAGUGUAUCAAGUGAUGUACUCUGAGGUGUGUCAAGUGAUGUACUCUGAGAAGUUUCAAGUGAUGUACCCUGAUGUUUAUCAAGUGAUGUACUCUGAGGUGUCUCUAAUGAUGUACUCUGAAGUGUAUCAAGUGAUGUACUCUGAGGUGUAUCAAGUGAUUUACUCUGAGGUGUAUCAAGUGAUGUACUCUGAGGUGUCUCAAGUCAUGUACUCUGAGAAGUUUCAAGUGAUGUACUCUGAGGUGAAUCAUUUAGGCUGUAUAUUUAAGACUAACUGUAUAACAACUUAGUUAUGCCUUUAUUGUUGAUUUGUCCGCCUAUUUUACACGCUGAACAAGAAUAUUUACAUUUUGUCACUUAUACUACAAUUCGUAUAAAGCCUUACAACAUAUGCCCCAUGUCAUGCUAAAAUGUGGCAUAUGCAGGCAGCGUAGCUUUAGUAAACCUGCGCAAUCAAGUCGUUUUGUCAGGAGCCAGGCUUUUCUCUAUCAAGCAAUGCAAGGCUUCCUGGUCUCAUUAGCAGAAAGGGUAACUCCUGUCUAGACUGAGUGGAUGCGCAGACUGGACUGGAGCUAAGCUUGCCGAAUAUGGCAUAAAACCCAUUUUUGCUUCACGCGGGUCAUAUGCUUUUGUUUGUUAUUGUUCUAAAAAGUGUAAGCAGCACUUGUUUUCAGCGGAUGCAUGACCUGUGAGAUUUAAAAGAAAUGUUUCAGUGAAUUUACGGUUUUUGUUCUGGGCAUUCUUUGUUAAAUAAAAAUUGACUAAACAC